AGACAAAGGAAGGAAAAGCAAACAGAUGUGAGCUCUUUCAUCUUCUUCUUCUUUCAUCUCUCUCUCUCUCUCUUAUUCUCAUCCUCUCCUCACAGAGUUACUAGUAUAGUAUAGACUCCUCGUCUAUGUCUAUGUCUAUGUCAAUGGCCAGAGACGGUGGCGUUUCUUGUUUACGGAGGUCGGACUUGAUGACUAAUACUGUUGCUGGUAUUGAAUCUGCACCCUUGGAUUUAGACGAACUUCAUGUCUUAGCCGUCGAUGACAGCCUCGUUGAUCGGAUUGUCAUUGAGAGAUUGCUUCGUAUUACCUCUUGCAAAGUAACGGCGGUAGAUAGUGGAUGGCGUGCUUUGGAAUUUCUAGGCUUAGAUAACGAUAAAGCUUCUCCUCAACUCGAUAGAUUGAAGGUUGAUUUGAUCAUCACUGAUUACUGUAUGCCCGGUAUGACUGGUUACGAGCUUCUCAAGAAGAUUAAGGAAUCGUCUAAUUUUAGACAAGUUCCGGUAGUAAUCAUGUCGUCAGAGAACGUAGUAACAAGGAUCGAUAGAUGCCUUGAGGAAGGUGCCCAAGAUUUCUUACUGAAACCGGUGAAACUCGCCGACGUGAAACGCCUGAGAAGUCACUUAUCCAAAGACCUCAAUCUAUCCAACGGAGGAAACAAACGCAAGCUUCCGGAAGAUUCUGAUUCCGUUAUUCCUCCGCCGUUGACUAUUUCGCCUGAGUCGUCAUCGUCGCCGCCGUUGACUAUCUCGCCUGAAUCGUCGGACUCUUCACCGCCGUUAUCUCCGGUUGAGAUGUUUUCAUCAUCGCCGGUUUCGUCACCGAUAGACGAUGAAGAUGACGAUGUGUUGACAUCGUCGCCGGAGUCUUCUUCUUCGUCGUCGCCGAUACGAAGGCAGAAGAUGAGGAGUCCCGGGUUAGAUUAGUGGGUGCUGGGAUGCCGUCGUGUAAUAUCUCUCUAUCUCCUCCGUUAACUGUUUUUUCUUUUUCUUUAUGGUAUUUUUACCUUUGACGGUGUUUUUAAUUGCACGUUGACUUAACGCCGUCAAAUUUAUAGAUGUCCCUUUAAUCUCGCUCCACGUGGGUCUUUUCCUUUUUCUCCUUAAAGUUUUUUUCGAAUUUCUUACU